AUGGGAUUGCUUCGACCUUCAUCUUUCAUAAUCUUGCUGGCAUAUGGUGUGCUAAUAGUGUUGGCCUCAUUGACACCGUGUUGGUAUGUCAUGGAUACACAUAUUCAGAAAAGUGUAGAUUUGUUAUCGGAAAAUAUUGUGUCUCAAUUGCAAUCCGAAAUUGAGUACUCUACUGAAUUGUUAAACUCAAUGAAAUCGUCAUCAGCAAAUUUUACUACAUUAUUGAAUUCAACACUUAAUUCUACCAAAAUCUCUUUUUCUAAUGUUGACACCAAGGUGGCUCCAUUAUUAUUUCAAGCAUUGGUGACAAUUCCUUACCUAACACAAAUCUCAUACAUUGGAAUGGAAGGUCUUUUUUUCACAUAUUACAAUGUUGAUGGUCAAACUCUAGCAAUGUACUCUAACUCAUCUUCUAAUGGGAGUGCCUCAAAUAAAACUUUAUAUUAUAUUCAACCCGUGAAUAGUGAAAAUGGAGAAGUUUAUGGGGAAGCAAUAAUAUAUAACAACACUAUCAAUGCAAGUUGGAUAAAUGGAACAAAAAAUAUUUCACAUGAUUUUACAUCAUUGGGAACAAAGUGGAACCAUGACUAUGAUCUUUUGUUCAUCAAUUCAGCUAGAAUCGAAAUAGGAGUGAUCUCUCUUGGGUUUUCAACAAAUGCGAUAAUGGAUUAUAUAAGUCGCAUUGAUGAUCGCCAAGGGACAAGAUGGUAUUUGAUUACCAAAGAUGGAAAAGUUAUUGUACAAGGUUUUCAAAAUAUUAGUUUGAUGAUUAAUAAUGAUGAUAGUGUUUCUUUUCAACAUGUUGAUGCUAAUGGAGUUUUAAUAAGGAAUGAGGGAAAUGUCUCUUGCAAGGAUGAAGUUGAUGGUUCUACUUUGAAUCUUGAAGAUACUCAAUAUUUGAUUCAUUGCUACCCCAUUGAUCUAAUGGGAAUCAAAUCGGUGUAUGUGUCGGCUAUCCCACAAGAUGGAUUUCUGAGCUUUGAUCUAACUUAUAAAGAAAAGGGAUUGAUACUGGUGAUUGUAAUGAUAGUGAUGAUAUUUAUGGCUGUAAUGAGUUGUGUAUUCAUGAAUGUUGGAGUUACAAGGAGAGAAAUGCAUUUGUGUGCUUCACUCAUAAAACAAAUGGAAGCCACUGAACAAGCUGAGAGAAAAAAUAUGAAUAAGAGUCUUGCUCUUGCUAGUGCUAGCCAUGAUGUUCGUGCUUAUCUUGCUGGCCUUGUUGGUUUGAUAGAAAUGUCUUAUAAAUUAGUUGUCUCUGCUUCAGAUUUGGACACUAAUUUAAAACCACAUUCAGAAUUGGAGACCAAUUUGAAACAAAUGGAGAAUUGUACCCAAGACUUGUUAGGACUGUUAAAUUCUAUACUUGACACAAGCAAAAUUGAGGCAGGAAAAAUGCAACUUGAUGAAGAGGAAUUUGAUAUAUCAUAUCUCCUUGAAGAUGUUGUUGAUUUGUACCAUCCAAUGGCUAUGAAAAAAGGUGUAGAUCUUAUAUUGGACCCUUGUAAUGGUUCUGUUAUCAAGUAUUCACGUGUCAAAGGUGAUAGAAGAAAAUUGAAGCAAGUUUUGUGUAACUUGCUAAGCAAUGCUGUUAAAUUCACUGAUGAAGGACACAUAACAGUUAGAGCAUGGACUCAGAAGGCAAAAUUGCAAAAUUCAAUAAUGAAGAGUAGUAAACAAUUUGGUUUUAUGAAACAUUUGUCAUGUUUGUUUAAGAAGGUAAAUAAUAAAGAAUGUGAGGAUAUAGAAGCUGUGAAUUCAAUUCAACAAGAUCCAUGUUUUAUGGAUUUUAUAUUUGAAGUGGAUGAUACAGGGAAAGGAAUUCCUAAAGAGAAUUAUAAGUCAGUGUUUGAGAAUUAUGUUCAAGUAAAAAAAAAUGCUCUUGGCCAAGUUGGAACUGGUUUGGGACUUGGGAUUGUGCAAUCAUUGGUACGUUUGAUGCAUGGAGAUAUUGGAAUUGUGGACAAAGAAGUUGGCGAAAAAGGAACAUGCUUCAAAUUCAAUGUGCUCCUCACUUUAUGUGAAACUGAAACAGUGACUUAUGGUUUAAGGGAAGGUCUUGACUAUGGAUCAACCUCAUGGGAUAGAAACCAAAUUCUAACAAAAACCAUUCACACUGCUACUUCUGCAGGUUCAAGCUUUUGUUCUUUGAGUCCAAAGUUACAACAAUUUUGCAACUCUCCUAGGCCAGAACCAUCACAUGUUGUUCUUUACAUCGGUGACGAAGAGCGAAGAAGGACUUCACAAUUGUUCAUAGAGAGCUUAGGAAUUAAAGUUGAGGUUGUGAAGCAUAGGAAACAUCUAAUUCAUGUUCUCAAGAAGAUCAAACAAAAGGUUCACCAAAUAAGUGACCAAACUUCACCAGAAUCUUCAGAUUUGAGUUCUAGGUGGACAUCUUAUAAUUCUUAUUCUACUAGAGCCACAAGAGUUCCUUUUAGAGCUAUGGAUGGAACUACUGAAUAUGUUUCUUCAGUGUUCAAGAAGACAAAUAUUGGAGCUGCACCAGGUUUUGUUCUCAUUAUCAUUGAUUCAAAUGCAGAACCAUUUUCUAAGCUUUGUAAGAUUGUGUCAUAUUUCAAGAAAGAUCUUAUAAAUCCUAGUAAAGUUGUUUGGUUGGAAAAGCCUUUUGAGAGUAAUGUUGAUUUCAAAAAACUUGAUCAAGAUGACAUUGUGAUAUCAAAGCCAUUUCAUGGUAGUAGAAUGUUCCAAGUGAUUAAGCUUCUUCCUGAGUUUGGUGGGAAUUGGAGAAGCAAUUCUAGUAGUAAAGUUAUAAGAGAGUUUAUAUCACAAGCAUCUCUUAAUGAUGAAAGACUAUGUGUAAAUGUGGAACAAUGUUGCAAGGGGAAUCAGAAAAUUAAGGCAAAAAAAAAUUCUGGUAAUCAAGGUGAAAUACAAGAAUGUGGAGGAGAUUCAAGCUAUAAUCAACCAUUAAGUGGUAAGAAAUUUUUGGUGGUUGAUGAUAGUGACAUAUUGUGCAAGAUAGCUAAGGCUACUUUGAUUUCUCUUGGUGUGACUAGUAUUGAUCAAUGUGAGAAUGGUGAAGAGGCUGUGAGACUAGUUGAUGAGGGUCUAAUUGAGAAUUCUCCUUAUGAUUACAUCUUAAUGGAUUGCCAGAUGCCAGUGAUGGAUGGAUUUGAGGCAACAAGGAAGAUAAGAGAGAUGGAGAAACAUUAUGGUCUUCACAUUUGUAUCAUUGCAUUGUCUGCUGAAAUUGACAAAAGGACAACAGAGACUGGAAUGGAUUUCCAUAUAACCAAGCCCAUCAAGAGAGACCAUUUACUCAAAGCUAUUGCAUAUAUAGAAAAUAAUCACAUAAUGUAA